AACGGCUCUCAUUGCCCCUCGAGACAAAAGCGAGGAGAAGCCCCCGAGGCCCGAACCCGAGAGCCGGUGACACCACCGUCUCCGUUCCCCUUCCUCCCCUGUCGCCCAUGGCGAACGAAACCCUCGUGCCCUCCUCCUCCGCCUCCUCCCCAAAACCCUAAACCCUAGCCCGGCUCCAUUUCUAAACCCUAACGCGAGCCUCCUCGGCGGCAGCCAUGGGGCGCAAUCGCGACGUCCGCUUUGUCUCCUCCGGCGUCAGGCACCCUUCCGCCGCCGCCUCAGCCCCGGCCCCGGCGCCAGCGCUCGCCCUCCUCUCCGCCACACACCCCUUCGCGCACAUCGGACGCGCCAUCGACGCCGCCGCCGCCGCCAUGAGGCCCAGCCGCGACUUUCGCUUCGUCUCCUCCGGCGUCAAUCACCCUUCCGCCGCCGCCUCAGCCCCGGCCCCGGCGCCAGCACCCGCCCUCCUCUCCUCUGCACUGCCCUUUGCGGACAUCGGACGCGCCAUCAUCGACGCCGCUGCCUGCCGCUUGGGCGCGUCCCUCCCCCGUGUCCCAAUUGCUCGGGCCGACACGGCGCCGCCCCCGCCGCGGAGGCACGGGAAGGAUGGGGGCGGGGUCGAGGAGCGGGUGCUGAUAAGCGAGGUGGCCGUGCAGGGAAAGGACGGGGAGCCACUGGAGCGGCCCGAGCUGGAGGCUGCGGCCGCGGCGGCGCUGCGCGCGUGCCGCCCCAACGCGGCCGUCACCGGGCGGGAGGUGCAGGAGGACGUCCACCGCGUCGUGGAGAGCGGGCUCUUCCGUUCGUGCAUGCCCGUCGCCGUCGACACCCGUGACGGCAUUCGCCUUGUCUUUGAGGUGGAGCCGAACCAGGACUUCCAUGGCCUCGUCUGUGAGGGUGCCAACAUGCUGCCUUCCAAGUUCCUGGAAGAUGCAUUUCGCGAUCGCCAUGGAAAAAUUAUCAAUACAAGACAUUUGGAUCAAGUGAUCAAGUCCGUUACCGGAUGGUAUCAGGAGCAUGGUCUAACUGGCUUGGUUUCAUAUGCUGAGAUUCUUUCUGGAGGAAUUCUGAGGUUACAAGUUUCAGAAGCCGAGGUUAAUAAUAUCAACAUUCGCUUUCUGGAUAAAAAAACUGGUGAACCAACCAUUGGAAAGACACAGCCGGAGACCAUACUUCGACAGCUUACCACCAAGAAGGGGCAGGCUUACAAUAUGGCCCAACUUAAAAGGGACGUUGAAACAAUACUUACUAUGGGAAUCAUGGAGGAUGUUACAAUAAUUCCACAGCCAGUUGGAGAUUCUAAUAAAGUGGACCUUGUCAUGAAUCUUGUUGAACGCCCUUCAGGUGGUUUCUCUGCUGGUGGUGGCAUUUCAAGUGUGAUAACAAAUGGACCCCUUUCUGGACUUAUUGGCAGCUUUGCAUAUUCACAUCGCAACGUUUUUGGGAGGAACAAGAAAUUGAAUCUCUCGCUAGAAAGGGGGCAAAUAGAUUCAAUAUUUAGAUUGAACUAUACUGACCCUUGGAUCGAUGGCGACAACAAGAGGACCUCAAGAACUAUUAUGGUUCAGAACUCUAGGACUCCUGGAACACUUGUCCAUGGUGGUGAUCAUCCUGACCAUGGGCCUCUAACAAUUGGGCGGGCUACUGCUGGCAUUGAAUAUAGCCGACCAUUCAGACCUAAAUGGAGUGGGACACUUGGAUUCAUCUUUCAGCAUGCUGGUGCCCGUGAUGACAAAGGCAAUCCUGUCAUCAGGGAUUUCUAUAACAGCCAAUUAACUGCCAGUGGAAGUGCUUAUGAUGACACGCUACUGGCUAAGUUCGAAAGUAUCUACACAGAUUCUGGAGACCAUAGCUCUACAAUGUUUGUUUUUAAUGUUGAGCAAGGUCUCCCAAUUCUUCCUGAGUGGCUAAGCUUCAACAGAGUGACAGCACGUUUGAGGCAAGGCUAUGAAAUUGGUCCUGCUCGACUUCUUCUAAGUGCUUCUGGUGGUCAUGUGGAGGGGAACUUUUCACCUCAUGAAGCGUUUGCAAUUGGUGGGAUAAAUAGUGUAAGAGGAUAUGAAGAAGGUGCUGUUGGUUCUGGGCGCUCUUAUGCUGUAGGUAGUGGAGAAGUGUCAUGCCAUAUGUUUGGGCCACUGGAAGGUGUGGUCUUUGGUGACUACGGUAGUGAUCUCGGUUCUGGUCCGAAAGUUCCUGGUGACCCAGCGGGAGCCCGUAGGAAGCCUGGUAGUGGUUAUGGCUACGGUGUCGGCAUCCGUGUGGACUCCCCACUGGGACCUCUGCGACUUGAGUACGCCUUCAAUGAUAAACAAGCAAGGAGAUUUCACUUUGGUGUUGGCUACAGAAAUUAACAUGUAUAUUAGUCAUAUUCAGCUUUGUUCUUCUGAGCAUUCUCAGCUGGUAGGAGAUAGUGCCAUGCCUUCCAUUUUUUGGCGACGUCAGUGCAUUUUUGGAAAGAAAGUUUUGUGUAGCUCAGACUGUCUUAUUAUAUAUAUAUAGUAAGUAUAUUUGGUACU